AUGAAUCAAAUUCCAAUGAGGGCAUUGAAAAUUUUCGCUGUUGCGGUUAUUGUUUUAUUAGCCUUGAUUAAUAAUAUACCACUCGUUAAGGGUCAAUGUAAAAAUUUGGUUGCUAGUAUGGGUGAUCAAUUGCAUUGUGGAGAAACAAUAAUUUCAAAUCUUACUUUCUGUUCAAUGAUGAACGGAAGAUAUACCGAUAAGGCUUUCUUCUCAAAACCAAUCGUUACAGGAAACGGAACAUACUCUACCUAUGCUGAAUAUAUGGAUAAGUUCCUUGAAGAUUCCUUCAACAGUAUGCAAGCCUAUUUGCUUGGAAAGGGUGUUACAAGUUGUCCAUCCUGUAUUGAAAAGUUGAAGUAUUCUUAUUGUGCAAAUGCUUUCCCAAAGAAUGGUUAUAUUAGUUGUGUUGCUAAUAAUUACUUGUCCUAUCUUGCUGAAAUUGGAAAGUCAUGUAGUGGCUUUUGUUGUGCAAACUCUGGCUUGUGUGUUAUUGAUAGUUACGGAAAAUCAUGUCAAACAAAGACUCUCUCAAUUGAAAAUUAUAGUUUGCUUACAUGUAUUGUUCCAAAGUUGCCAGAUCUUUUCACUAAGCUCGGAUCCUGUUCUGAACACUUUAUGAAUAUUGACCACUGUCAAACCCUCCUUUCAACUUGCGAUUGUAGCAGUGAUGCUUCUAGUUACAAGUACACUUGUAGUAGAUUCUACUCUGAAGAUGGUUUCAAAUUCGAUAACUUUGGAGGAAGUUCAACAUGUACUGACACUACUGCUUAUCCAGCUUGGUGUCCAUCUGGGGCUCGUUCAAUUGAAACUGCCAUGUCUGAAAUUAGAAGUAAGGUUUUGGACUUUGUUGCUCCAGUUGUCCAAAAUACUGAACAAUAUGUUAUUCCAAAGGAUCCUUUGAAGGCCAACAUUGCCAAGAGCGUUCAACUUGGUACUCCAGUUCCAUUCUAUUUGCCAAGUCUUAAGACUGUUUCUUUCGAACCACCUGCAGCUUCUGAUGUUGCCACUUUGAGAUCUAGAAUCGCCUGUACUGGUGAAGAAUGUGCUACUGGUUGUACAAAUCCAAAGGCCUACGUUUACAAUCCAUAUGCUGAAUCUGAUUCUGGAAAGUGUAGUGUUGAUCCAUUCUAUCUUUUGACUGUUAUUGCUGAAAAUGGUAUUUAUAUUGCUGUUGGUGUUUCCAUUCUUGUCAUUGUUGUUUGUGCCGUCUUUGCUUGUAUCCUUGGUUUCUGUAUCUUCUGCUGCUGUUGUAGAGAUAGAGCCAAGAUGAAGAUGCAAGGAAAGAGAGAAUUGCUGGAAAAGAGAGACCUCAAGACUAACCGUUUGCAAAAGGCUGCUGAUAAGAUCUUGAACAAGUUGUAA